AUGUUGAUAGACUUGAUAAAGAAGACUAACGAAUCAGUAGAGAAGCGUUUACAAGAAACUAAUGCAUCGAUAGAGAAGAGUGCACAAGGAGCUAGAGAAAGGGAAGAAGUAUUUCGCAAAUCAUUAAAGGAAGAUUUGCAAGAAACUAUAGCACAAGAGAUCAAAACAUCGCAGAUGAAGAUGGAAUGUAAUCUGAAGAAGGAAAUGCAGGAAUUACAAGAACAGUUGAAAAUGGAUAUCAACGAGAGAGAGAAUAAGCUGCAGAAGAGUAUAGACCAAGUCCAGGGAGACGUGGAGAAGGUGGAAGGAAAGUUAACAAGAAAGAUAGAAGACGACAUUGAAGAAACGAAAGCCGAAUUGGGAGAAAGAAUCAACGAAGUGGAAACAAAUUGCAAUCAUCGAAUCGCAGAGGUGACGCAGAUGCAGAAGCAAUGCAACGAUGCUGUUAAGGGGAUAGGAGAUAGGCAAAACCAACUGGCUGUCAAUCUGUGA